CACAUUUUAGAGUGAAAUAAAAAAAACAAUUAUAAAAAAAUUAAAGUUGAAAAUGUUCACAUUGAAACAAUACAAAGAUGAAUUUAAUAUGCACACCUUACCAACUACUGGUGUGAAACUUUUAUUUUGCAAAACAAAUGGAAGUGUCCAUGUCAAAUCGGCAACAAGACACUCAACUCUUUUGUUUAGGCUAAUUAGCAGUUUGGCCUGGACUUUGACCGUGAGGGCGUUGAAAAAAGCCCCAAAAACCUCAUCAUUUGAAGCGUGCACGAAACAAGUAGGCACCAAGUCAAACAUUCGGCAACCGCGCGGGCGAAGGAGAUCCUAUUGUACUUUCCCACCGCAUUAUAGAAAUUACAAUCACAACUUUAUACAAAGUUUGAAACAUUAGUUCAAUCAAACACGUUCAUAGAAAUAAUUAAACAGCAAACAUUAAAAUUCAUCGAAUUCUUCAUCGUGAAACUCUCUCACUUUUACGCUCCUGUGAAGUUCAAGAUACUCACUUGUUAGUUACUAUGGUAUUUGUAACAACAAUGAAUGGUGCACCAUCUCCUUCCUCAUCUCUGAACACAUACGAAUGAUCAUCUCAUCUCCUUAAAUAAUAAGCCUUGUGCUUCAAUUGCAUUUGUACAUGGAAGAAUAUCAAUAUUCUUCUUCUUCCUCGUUAUCCUCUUCUUCUUGGCCGUCAACCUUGGGUUGAAUUGUAUGUAGACUAGUUGAUUGAGAGGUUGAGACGCUAUGUUGUAAGCCCAUCCUUCUCUUUGGUUGAAGCUAGAGAUAGAUUGGAGACGACGACCUGGUUUUGGAGUUUGGUUGCUCAAUAAUCGACGACGUUAAAUAGUAGGGAGUCAGAGAGUCGAGCCGACCAAAGUUGGAGAUGAGAAGCACUACAGUCGUUGAUGAUGAAUUUCGAGGCAGGAGAAGCAGUUGCAAUUCAGAGAGCUCGACCUAAAUUUUUUUUAUUCCAAUCGAGGAAGUAGGCAUGUGUAGGACGAGUUGUUGGGUUGAACGGUUCGACAUUGGGGAUGGCAGCAUUUUGGGCAAUUUUAUAUAUAUAUACAAACCCCUAAGUCUAUCUAACUUCGAUUAGUCACGCCUCAGCUGAUUAAUCGCUCCUAACGUUGCCUAGGCGUUAUAAAUGCCUAAUGGUAUCUCUAGGCCUAGGCGAUGCAUUUUGUCAUUGCCUAGCGUCUAAGCAUACUUAGAAUUGCGCAUUUUUUAACCCUGUGAAAAUACACCACACUCAUAAAGGGUCGGUCCAACGACUCCAUCGCUGAUUUUCAAAGCGGAGGUCCCAUGUUCAAAUCAGUAUUUAUGAAACCGUAUCAAACAGACGGUCCGCCCGAAAAUACUCCAUAUCGGAGUCUAAACUAAAAGGAUGGUUUGGUAGCAGGCAUGAAACAUUUCAACCAUGAUUUCAACACUUAAUACCUUACCUCUAACUUUUUCCGCUACAACCUACGGUACGAUUUUAUAAUUUUUGGUUCAAAUCCGCGAUUGAACUUCCCUUUUUACAUGACCCAAUAACAUGUCAAGCAAAAUAAAAUACAUCACACUCAAUUACAUACAAAGCAUAUAACAUGCAAUUGAAACAACUAACUUGUAUUUUCAAAUACAUCCAACCAAACCCCUCAACGUACACAUAUAAAUUGUUUCAUCCAUAACUUACAUAUAAAUGGUUUUUGUGUUCCGCUUUCUUCCAAUUUUGCCACGAGGAUAUGUGUAAACUGUUUUUUCCUCCCCUUUUCCCUGUCGACAUAUAUGGACGAUGGUCCAAACGCGUCCACAUUGGUCGUCGUCCUCUCGCCUUUCCAUCAAAAAAGAAUGUCACUCUCUAGCCUUUCCCCCAACAAUAUUAAGGCGCGUAUACUUUAUCAAAGAGCGGAAAGUAAGUUUCACUAUAAUAGUCUUGAUCAAUAUUGUAUCUAUCAUCAUGUUAAAUCAAUGAUUAUGAAAGCAUAUCAAAAGUUAUACCGAAAAAGUUAGUAAGAAGGUAUAAUCCUAAGAUCUUACCGGUUCAAUCAUUUUAAAUGCUAAAAUCAUUUAUCAUUUCGGAUUCGAUAUCUUUUAUUUCCAAUUCGACCGGUCAUUACGAUAGGAUCUUUAAGACAUUGGUUAAAAUACACAUAUUUACACCAAAUGACAUGAGCACGGUAAUCCUGUUGACAUGGAGUGUAAUCUUGUAACUAUUGACAUGGAGUAUAAUCUCCUUUUCCUUAACCUUUUAGUGUGUAUUAGGGCUGUCAGAUUGGCUCGUUGCGGCUAACCAAAUCGCUAAUAUGAAAACUAAAAAAUUCAAAACGGUUAGUUCCACCAGGACCAAAUCGUUUAAGUAGUGGCCGAGCCGAAAUUUGAAAUUAUGUGUGUCUAGUGUCCUUCUUUUUAAGAAUAUAAAUUAUUUCAAUUAGCAAUUUGAUUUAUAGGGCAAUAAAUUAAUUUAUGACAAUCAAAUAACAAUAAAUGGACUUUAGCGCAGUGACAAAAUAUCACUACGUUACCUUAAACUGGUGAGUUCAAUUCCUUUCAUAUGCAUACAUAGGAAUUUAUUAUUUUUGUAAACAAAAUUUACAUGUGCCUUGUGACAGAGCCCAAACCCUUUGGCUGUGUCACUAUGUUUAUGUGGAUUGUUCAUCCUUUUUUUUUUUUUGAAAACCGAUUACAUUGGUGAGUUACAUCGCUUCCAUAUGCAUAUAUAAUAAUUUUUUUCUUACCAAAAUUUACAUGUGCCCGUGAUAGAGUCCAAACCCUCUGACUCUGCCAUUGUGUUUAAGAGGGUUGUCCAAAUUUUUUUUCCUGAAAAUCGAGCAGACCCUUAAUGGCUCAAUUUUAGCCCGGAUAAUAAGGGGAAAAACACCAUACGCUAGCAAACAAUAUAUACGUAUGUUAUCGAGUUUUCAAUUUUCACCGAAACCAGUAAGAAAAAUCGACAAGAGCGUGUAAACUAUUCCUGUUUCAGUUAAAACCAAAAACCCCGAAACCGAAUUUGCAGCCCUAAAUUAUGUACACAUAAUUCGUAGGUGUGGUCAAUUCAUGCCUAUGAUUAUGAUCUCCAACUAUAUACUUUCCACCUUCGUGGUCCAAAAGAGGGUUUCAGUCUUUCAGAUGAAUUGUAGACCGAAAGACACCAUUGGACAAACACCAUACAAUACAUACAUCGGAUCAUAAAUUAUACACACAAGUUGGGUGUGGGGAUUGUUAACAUUAAAUUUGCAUUGGGAAUGAACAUGUUGGAGUGUUGAUUGAAAUGCGUAGGUAUAUAUAACUAACCCGAUUGGAGCAUUUAUUGACACUUUUGGCUUAUUGCCCUCUCUUUCUCCUAGUGGCCCAGACUACUCGACGCAACCCAACAUGGGAUUUGGCGGUGGAAGACGCAAAUCCAAAUACAGAGUAAUUGAAUUUUGCUGAUAUUUUGCCCUCUGCGACGGUGGAAACAGUACUGGUACAUAAACCAUUAAACCCUGCUCAGUGCUCACAACAUAAGAUGUAGAGGUGGCAAAUGAAUUGGAUUGGUGGAUUGAUGGAUUGGAUUAGUGGAUUCAUGGAUUGGAUCAAGCGGAUUGGUGGAUUAUCCAUGAAUCCAAAUGACAUCCUCUUGCCAAGUUUGUUUCGGAAUUUAUGUGCACUUUUACCUACACUUUAGAAUUGAUGUGGGUUAGCCUCUUGAAUUCAAUGUGGCUCUUGGCAUCGAUGAUGGGGGGUUGGACGCGGUAUUGGUUUUUGUCACUUGCGAGGCAUCACGAUGGCUUGGUGUGUGUUUAAAAAGUCAGGUAUCAUAGCAUAUGAUAGUUUGGAGCUCCCCAUGAUGGUCACCCAGUACUUCCUGGAUGUCUUUAGUAAUUCACUAACCGCAUCACGAUGAUGACCCCCUAAGUCAUGCUUGAGGAGGCGCUUUCAUGGUCUUCACGGUCAUGGCACCUUGGCAAGACGUAUUAAAUAAAGGGUCUACAAAAAAAAAUAAAAGGUCAUUCCAUUCAUAGUCUGGCCCAACCCAGCAACAGGGACAACACACAACCAAUCAGAAGAGUGCGCACUCUGCUGGGACUUCCACAAAGCAACCUGCCGCGUAGUCAACGAGAAAACAGAGUAUGAAGAAGCAGCGACCUUCGCGAAAUAUAUGUCUGCCAAUUUCUUCAUAAGUUUUGAGGCAGCAACUUCGCUAGGGUCGCGUAAGAUAUCAGAACUUGUAAACUCAGCAGACGAGAUGCCAAAAAAGUAUAAUGCAUGACAUCUCCAGCAGCAUAAACCACAAGCCCACCUAAAUGAAAAGGGAAGGUGACAAAUCGUCACCGCCAAUCACCGAACCCUAGCCCAAAAGCAGUGACAAUACGGUAUAAAUUGGUGUUGAAUGAAAUGACACAAUCACACAAAAUAAUAAUGCAUCAUCAUUGUUGGUUACGAUGAUUAUGAAAUAGUUGUCAAAGCCAUUAGUCUAAUCCAUCGUAUAUUAAGCGGAUGGAUUAAAAAACUAGUAAAGAGAUCAAGUGCCAUGUGCAUCAAAUAAUGGUGGUGGAGGAGUGACGAUUGCUUUGGGUAAAUUCCAUCUGGGUUAGUUUGAAGAAAACAAAAGUACAAUAUUACUUAAUGUUUUGUUUUAUUGUCCGUCGUUCUUUAGCUAAUAAGCAUCGUAAGUGGGGUUGGUAGGUCCCUUCAUAUUAUAACCAAGGUUAAGGAGCUAUGGUUUAUAUCCACUACUCUCUUUCUUCCUUCUGUUUAUUACUAGUUGUCCAAAAUUGAAACCCAAAAUUAAGGAAAAGCAAGAAAAAUGUCGACCAUAAACUUGGAUUAGAUAGAACCCGGUGAAGACUGAUCUUGUAUUUCAACAAUAGAAAUGCUACUACGAGAAGUGUGACUGUGUUGAGAGUCUGAAAGCUCGUUUGAAUUGUGCUAGAAGUUACUGUCUGCAUGAACAUCGUUCACAAUUUGUUGUUCAAACGAAUGUUUUAAUGUUGGUGUUGUUAACUUCCAGAUCUUAUCCCAUAUGAAAAAAAGAGUUAGUAACACCCCGAGUUGUGUCCUCAGCUUGCUUAGGUAACAUCGUGAGUAAGACAAACCUCUCCGCAGAGUGGAUCAGAUGGAAUCAUAUAUUGUUGGGACAAAUGUUACCACGGAGAGUAUGUUCUCUCGAGAUUCUGAGUUUGGGCUUCCCACCUAAACUAAUGAUACUGAGCACAUCCAUCAUUAAUUGUUAAGAUGAAAAAUUUGGCUUAGGAUGUGCUAGAUGUCAUCAUAUGCAUUGACCGACCACCAAAUAAAACUUCUUGAAUUUAAAACCAACAUUCUAAACGUGUUCACUUACUUUCAAAUCCUAGCCAACAAGAGAGAAGAGUCGUAAGAGGUAACACCAUUGUGUCCUCUACUAGCUUUUCCAUCGAUGAAUGCGGAUAAUAAUCUUACCAUGAUCUCUUAUCAUGAACUGAGAAAGGGAUCAUGGGAUGGGAUAAUGGGAUACACUGUCAACAAGCAGAAACACAGAGGAAAAGACAUCACCACCAGGAAAGAACAGAGAAGAUAAAUUGGGAACAAUGGGGGAGGCAAGGCAGGCGUUAUCAGUCAGUUUCAGUAAUGGCAUUUUCAAUGGAAGCCACAGAAAAGUACAUAAUUAACAGACGAAUAAAUACAUAGAAUAAUGAACAGAUACAUACUCGGCACUCCAGUUGAUUACUGUUCAUCUUUAUUACAUCAACUCAGCCCCUAAAAUAAUUAAAAAAAGAAAUGCAAAGAAAAUCGAAACUUAGCACAGAGAGCAGAGAGAGAAGGAAGAAGAAGCAUUAGCGAAGGAAGAGAUAGAGAGAGCGGGAGAGAGAGAGAGAUAGAGAGGAAGAAGAGGAAAACAGGGGAGGGAAAGUUUUUUCUCUUUUGUCUGGGUAAUGUAGGGGAACAUAGGGGCAAGCGAAAAAUUCAUACCCUUGUUUGGUCUCUGAGAAACUCAACAUCCUGCACUUACCCAGAAAAAAAAUCCCACACCUUCCCUUCUUCUGUAAUUUUUUUCCUCUUUGUGGGAAUUUCAGGUUUUCUUUUCUACCCCCCUGUUUUUUUGCUGUUUUUUUUUUCUAGUACCUUGCAUCUAUCUGAGUCUCUCUCCGGCCACUUUUUCGCCGGCUAACUGGCCGGAACUUCAACCGAUCUGUGUUUCUACCUAUUGGGUAUGGAGGAAAUGCUUUGAAGUUUCCUGGGUCAGGUGGGUUUUAAGUAAAGUUGCAGACUUUAAUGAAGAGUAGCUAUUGAAUCAGCUAAAGAAAAGGGAGCUAUAGGGAAGUGAAUACACUCUGGAUCAGCUUCAUUUUACUCCGCGAAUCAGUCCCGGAAAGAAAGGGGUAAAGAAGAAAAAAGUAGAAGGCAAUGAAAACGCCGGCGAACGGCGCCGGAGCCGCCGUUCCCUCCUCCUCCGCCGCCACUACCACAGCUGAAACAGGGUCAGCAGAGAAGAAGACCAUAAACGUGGAGCUAUGGCAAGCUUGUGCUGGACCUCUGGUGAACUUGCCAGCCGCAGGCACCCAUGUCGUUUACUUCCCUCAAGGCCACAGUGAACAGGUGAAUUUUUCCAAAUUACUCCAUUAAGCCUCCAUUUUGGUGGGUUCUAGCAGUUAAUCCCUCAUUAAUAGUUGGGGAAGGUUGAUCAUAAUUGAAAACUUCCCCUUGUGUUUUUGCCCUCCCGGAAUUUUUAGGCAAUCAAAUCAAAUCUAGUUCCAGAUUCCUUGGGGGAAAUUUUUUCAGUUUCUACUUGCCUCCCAAGUCAACGGUUGUUUGUCCCUGGUAGUAUUUGGUUUGAAGAAGUUGUAGAUAGACAGCCCAAUAAAAAGGUGUUGUUUGG